AUGGAAAAAGGACACUCUCUCAAAUGUAAAUGGUGUCCAGGGAGCUCUUGUGAACUGGAAACAUGCUACAGUGGAUCAACCAGCUGCUUUAGUGAAACACAACUUAUUAAGUCCAACAUCAGUCUACCCAAUGCAUCUGUACUGAAGGUUAGAGGAUGUGCUCCAGUUGGUGACUGUGUAAGUGGGUUCAUCAACCUCGGCAGUAGAAAGGUGUCUUCUUCCUGCUGUAAUACAGAUCUCUGUAAUAACAAAGAUGCUCCAGAUCCCUCAAAUGUCUCCAAUGGAAAACAGUGUUACCAUUGUGAUGGGCACAGCUGCUCAAGCAUACUACCCUGCUCAGGGAGUGAAGACCGCUGCUUCACAGCGACAGGGGAUUCGGUAGGCAUGUUACUUCUUGCAAAAGGCUGUGUCUCUAAAUCUUUUUGUAAUGCUUCAAAACUUCUUAAUCUGGAGAGGAUCUCAUGCUGUGAUGGGAACCUGUGUAACGGUGCUGCGAGCGUCUCUCAGAGCUUCAUGUUCCUCUGCUGUUCUCUGCUCUCCUUCAUCCUGCUGCACUGAAUCCAGCAGAUCUUCACAUCUACAAUAAGACACACUGCACCGAAUAUAGAGCUUGUGUUUACUCUCUACUAUAUUUGGUGUUUUUAUAUGAUGGACAUACACUGGAAACUUUCUGUUAUAGAAGAUUACAUCUUGUUUCUGGGAUUUAGUAUUUUAAAUUAAGAGAACUAGAUGAAUCAAUUUAACUGAGCUGAUUCAUGACACUAUCUCUUGUCAAUUUGCUUUACAACUGAAACCGAAUUAGUUUUAUAACUCUGUUACUAAAAUGUAAAUCACAAUAUUAACUUACUCUGUGUUGAAUCUUUGUAUACAAUCAAUAUUACGGCUUUUAUAAUCAUUAAAGAGUAACUAAACCCUAAACCAACUUUUUUUAGUAAAUGAUCUGUAAGAAUGGGGCUUUAUUAGUGCUGUUCAUUGAUUCAAGUAACUUUUAUGACAUUUAAGUAUAAAGUGUUUUAUUUCUACAAUAUAUGGUGUAAAAACGUCUGAGUGCUGCCCUCUUCAGGUUGAACGGUGGCUACUGCAGUGGAUUUUUCCUAUUGGAUGUUUGCGGUGACAAGUGACGUAAUCAGUUUCCAGAUCACCACGCCCCUUGGUAUGAACUACCACACCCUUGGGAGUAUAAAACCAUCUUGUUCCGUCAAAAUCACUGUAGUGAGUCAGGAGUUUGAAUUGCGAGUAUUGAAAACGAUCAGGAUAGACUAUUAUAGCAUUUAUUUAGCAUAGCAUUUAGAUAGUUAUUUAGAUUAUUUUGUGUAGCCUAUUUAGUUAAUUAGCGUAAUUGUUAGUGUAACAUUAGUAUUGUUAGAAGCAUAGUUAGUUAAUAGCAUAGUAUUGCAUCAGUUAGGAUAGCUUCAAGUUAGCGUAGAUUUAUUUACAGUGGUCAGGAUGCUACGAGCUGGUUGCUGGUUGCUACAGCAUGGACCGUUUAGUUUUU